AUGGCUAGCUCCGACGUGGACCUGAAGCAUUUGGCGCGCGUUUCCGUCGCGAUAGAGCGGAAGAAUCCCAUUCUGGCCGCGUCGCUGCGCCAGAUAGAGGGCAAUUCCAUCAUGCUGGCGCCGCGGCUGUAUCGGGCGCGCAAGAUGCGCAAGCUGGACACGUCGCGCGACACCAAGUCGCUGUCCAACUACCAGCAUAUCCUGUGGCUGGCGCGCGAGGGUCUUUCCAUUCUGGAAGUCGACGUGCUGCCCUACACCCAACACGGCCAGUACGGAGCCGAAGCCGCCGUGCUCACCUCCAAGCUACGCGCCUCUUUCCUCCACAUCUUCGCUCUCUUCCACAACCAACCGCCCGUCACCAAGACCGACCCAAGAUCUUCCUCGUCCAGCACCAGGCUCGACCCCCGCUCCUCUUCCUCGAGCACUGCGCCUGCCGUCAACCCUCCCGCGCCUGCGUCCACCAACCCCAAAGCCCACCGGCACUCUGCCUCGCGAGGAUCCAACUCCAGCGAUCCCCAGACCCCGCCGCGCGCAAACCAGAGCAAGCUGAAGGACAACGGCGGCCGCCCAACCGGGCUUCGAGAGCCUAUCGGCUCCAUUACAUCCGAAACCUCCUUCGUCACCAACCCAUACGCGGCCAACCCAGCCAAAUCAUCCGCCGGCGCUGUCCAGUCGCCGCAGCCCCCGCCAGGCUUACCCGGUCUACCCUCAGCACCCCGACCCUCGGCCUUCAUUCUCCCGCCGCUCAACUUCCUGCCAAUGGCCGAAAGCUACUUCACCAAUGCCAGUCGCAUCGCGGCUGCCUACCUCCCCGGCUCCCACCCUCUGCGUCUCUCUGUCGAAGUUGAGCACUGCGCCUUUAUCUGGGACUGCCUGCACGAUCACCAGUAUGCCAGGCGUCUUGCACGCCACACCAUCCGAGAGGUCUAUCACGCCAAGGAGGGCAUGGAUGAUGAGGAUUUUGAAGACGCGGCCAAGAUGGUCGACCACCUGGGUAAGGUCAUGAAGCGCAAGAGCAUCGACACCACCCCGAAGAUGGUUGGGUCUGGUUCACCUCCGGGUGCAAAAGACGCCAGCCCCGUCACGAAGCAGGACUGGAUGGACCGUGAAGCGCGUGCCGUGGGCGGUGGGUUGCGAGGCGUUGCCCAUGUCCAGAACCAACUCGCCCGAAUCCACGAGAGCCUCAACCCCUUCGAGACGACCGGUUCGCUUCAGGACCUACCCGAUCUCGCGCUAGCCGAAGAUCUGCUCGAAGAGAUGCGCGGAUAUGACGGCAAUCAGGCACUGGUCGAGGACGAGAGCGAGGACUGGAGUGAGCGGUACCACCCAAAUAGUUUCAAGAUGCGCAAGAUUGGCGGCCCGGCCCGUCAGUUUCCUCACACGGUCGUCGAAUACGAAUUAAUCCCCCGAUACGACGUGUCCCUGAUCACCCAGCUCCUUCGGGCCGCGGCUCCCAGCGACGAGCGCUUCAUUGCGGAGCGCAUCAUCCUGCGGGGUGGUGGCCCCGUCGACCUUCCUGACGCUCCCGCCUCCGCUGCCGUUCUCGCCGCCGCCCUCGCCGCCGCCCACCACCCGCCUGUCGCCAGGGGAGCUGAAGAGCCCUCCGAGUACGACUGGUCUCCACGGGUCUGGCGCCGCGGUGGAGAGAGACUCAAGCCAGCCGCCUUCGUUGCGGAUCUCCGGCUUCAGGCCGAGCUUUCCGCCGCGGCACCGCUGGCUGCCGGGGCCCUUCCGGGUGCUCCCAAGCUGGCGGCCGCCCAGCCCGUAGAGAUCAGCUCCUACUCGGGGGCUCCUCAGCUCCUCCUGGUGGAGAUUGAGGAAGAAGAGAGGAGGAGGGAGUGGGAGAAGGAGAUGGAGGAGUUGGAGGCGGAAAUCCGCCUGGAGAUGGAGCUGCAGGAAAUGGGGAUGUGGGGGGAGGAGUUGACGGUGGAGACGGCGGAAGAGAAGGAAAUGCUCCUCCGCCAGGAGAUUGAGGCGGAGAUGGCGGAGCAGGAGAUGGAUGCGGUGGAGGUGGGAGUGGUGGGGGCAGUGUGGAGGGAGAUUGAGGCGCUGAAGGCGCGCGGCGUCAUGCCGUGCUCCUUCAGCGGCCUCAGCAUCAGCACGCUGUCGGAGUGA